AGGUGGAGCUAGGCCAAAGGGCCUCUCACUUAGGAGCUUCUCCAUUCUAUCAGCUCUCCCGGAACAUCCAAGGCAAGACUGGCACCCAGGGGACAGCAGGACUCCCGGGACCGCUGUAUCUCUCACCUGUGUAAGGCAGUACAGCACACCAGCUGACACCGGCUUCUGGAGUUAGGAAACCAGUUGUGCUCGAGCUUGGAUACAUUAUCUAAUUGACUGACCCCAUACCUCACCUCCCCACCCCCUCCCAGGAGCCAUGGAGUCCUUCAGUUCCAAGAGUCUGGUCCUGCAGGCCGAGAAGAAGCUACUGAGUAAGAUGGCGGGUCGGUCUGUGGCUCAUCUCUUCAUCGAUGAGACGAGCAGCCAGGUGCUCGAUGAGCUCUACCGUGUGUCCAAAGAGUACACACACAGCCGGCCCCAGGCGCAGCGGGUGAUCAAGGACCUGAUCAAGGUGGCCGUCAAGGUGGCCGUGCUGCACCGCAGCGGCUGCUUCGGCCCCGGGGAGCUGGCCCUGGCCACCCGCUUCCGCCAGAAGCUGCGCCAGGGCGCCAUGACAGCGCUCAGCUUCGGCGAGGUGGACUUCACCUUCGAGGCCGCCGUGCUGGCUGGCCUGCUGGCCGAGUGCCGGGACAUGCUGCUGGACCUGGUGGCGCCCCACCUCACGCCCAAGUCUCACGGCCGCAUCCGCCACGUGUUCGACCACUUCUCUGACCCCGGGCUGCUCACGGCCCUCUACGGGCCUGACUUCACGCAGCACCUCGGCCGGCUCUGCGACGGGCUCAGGAAGCUGCUGGACGAGGGGAAGCUCUGAGGGCCCGCGGCCCAGCGCGGUCCUUCUUGGCAAAAUGGCUGACUGAGAGAACCACAGACAAUGGGCUUUCUAACCCUGCUCCUCUGCACUAAUGCUUUUCAGCCCCAGGCUUCAGUCCUUCCCAAGAGUGUUUUUGACUGAGUCCACCCCGCCCCCAAAGUGCGGGUGGAGAAGAAGCCAUGCUGAGGGUUGAGGCCUCUCUCCCAGUCCAGCCCCUAGACAGGAAACAAAGCUGCCUGAAAAAGAUGAAGUGAAACCUGGAUCUCUGUUUUCCCCAUAAGGGAUGUUCCAAACAGGCAAGCCCCCUGUCCUUGGAACCAGGGGAGGGGGGCGUAGCCACCCUAACUCCUCUGGGGACACUAAAGACAGAAGUGGGGAGGAGGCCCUCAGAGACACGCUAGAGCUUCAGCUGCAGGCAGAGCCUGGACGGCGGCAGCGGCUCUGCUCCAGAGUGCAGGGAAGACGGGGCUAGGGCAGGGGAGAGGCUCACAGAGGAAAUAAAACUAUGAAAACAUG